UUUUUAUUAAUUAUUGAAUUUUACUGUUAUUUAUAUUUUUAUAUCUACUACACAACAGCAGUAGCUGCAUGUUGUCGUAAACAUCGUGAUGUGAAGUAUCUUGACAUGGCAUCUAAAGCUCUUUUAAAGUCAAACUUUGCUGUCGAAGCUAAAUAUGAUGCAUAUUUCACAGGCCAGCGUGUACAGGUAACGAAAGAUGGUGAAGCCUUGUUAUGUGAGUGUGGGGAUAGCGUGGGGGUGGUCUCCCUCACCUCAGGUCAAGUCACAGGUCGGAUUCGAUGUGAAGAAGAUCAAGUUAUGUCCAUAUCCCUUGCCCCAGAUAAUUCGUCUAUUGUUGUAGCACUCAAGUCAAGUUCCAUUCAACAGUACCAAUGGCCAAGUCUGGAAUUAUUGCGGAGUUUCAGAUCCUAUCAUCGAGGUCCGGUGACCGUAAUGAACUGGGACACAACAUCGACUUUGCUCAUCACGGGGGCAGCCGACUCCUCUGCCCGAGUAUGGGACAUUCAUCAGAAAUACUGUACACACAGUCUCAAGGGAGCAUCUGGGGUGUUUGGUGCAGCAAUAUUUGACUCUGAGCUGGUCAAACGUCCCCGAGUGUAUGGUGCAGCAGCUAAUACCAUCUAUGUGUGGACUCUGGGGGCUGGCUCUUCACAGCUUGAUGCUUCUCUUAAAGGUCACCACUCUGCUGUCACUUCCUUGGAGGUCACACAAGAUAACACACACCUUGUCAGCUGUGGUUUGGACCGUGUCAUCAUUCUGUGGGAACUGGCGACAAUGACCAGUAAGAAAGUUGUACCUGUAUUUGAGUCUCUCUCAGGUUUGGUGCUGCAGCAACCAGGGAUUGUGUUCCCUGGGGCUCAGGCAGAGGACGACCACAUCUAUGCUCUUGUUGUUGGGGACAGAGGAAUCCCCGCAGUUUGGCAAGUGGACACUGGGCGGGAAGUGUGGAAGGCUGACACGCCAGUAUUGACUCCUCCUGAUAAAGAUGGCGUUACAUUGGUUAACCAAGUGAUUCAUUCUCCGGCACUUGAUUCCAUUCUUAUGACCACUUAUGAUCAUUCCAUAGUAUUUGCAAAGACUUCUUCUAUGGAAAUUUGGAAACAGCUUGCUGGUUAUAAUGAUCAAAUUCUGGCUGCUGUGUUUGUGGGUGCAGGAGAGAGUCAUCUAGUGGUAGCCACAAACAGUAUACAGUUACGCAUUUACAACCGUCAAAACUUCAGCUGUAAUCUAAUAUCGGGUCACACUGCUCUUGUGCUGUCACUGGCUAGCCAUCCAACCCAGCCAGAGAUAUUUGCCUCGAGCUCCCAUGACAACAGUGCUCGUGUAUGGCGAUUAAAAGAGGAUGGGACAGUUGUGUGUAUAGCUUCAGCCAUUGGUCACACACUCAGUAUAGGCUGUGUUACACUUGCCAGAGGUUUUAUGGUGACUGGUAGUAAAGACAUGUGCAUAAAGAAAUGGACUCUGGGAAAGGAUAUAGAAGACUCAAGGAAUUCUGUUAGCAGUGUGUCUGCCCUCUCUUCCACGCACACAGAGAAAGCCCAUGAUAAAGAUAUCAAUUGUGUAUGUGUUUCUGUCAAUUACAAACUUAUAGCUACAGCUUCACAGGACAAAAUUGCCAAGGUUUGGGACAGCGAUAAUUUGUCACUGCUGGGGAUACUGCGUGGUCAUCGUCGAGGAAUUUGGUGCGUCCAGUUCUCUCCUGUGGAUGAGGUCUUGGCCACAGCUUCUGCCGAUGCCACCAUCAAAAUCUGGACUAUAUCAGACUUUUGUAAUGCUGCUACUUUAGAGGGUCACAGUGUGAGUGUUCUGCAACUGUCGUGGUUGUCACAAGGACAGCAGAUCCUUUCCACUGGGUCAGAUGGCCUUCUUAAGUUAUGGACAGUCAAGACUCGCCAAUGUGUACAGACAUUUGAUGAGCACGAGGGCAAGGCCUGGGCAAUGGUAGUGUCUGAGGAUGAGAGGAAGGUCGUGACUGGUGGAGAGGACGCCACACUGGUGCUGUGGAAAGAUGUCACACAGGAAGAGAUAGAUCAGGCUCUAGAGGAGGCUGCCAGACUUGCUGCUGAAGAACAAACUCUGUCCAACCUUAUUAAAGAUAAGAAGUGGGCUAAAGCCUUUGGGAUUGCAGUGCGUCUGAAUCAACCUUUUCGGGCUCUGAAAGUUAUGAAAGCAUUACUAGAUGAAUCCCCGGACCAGCUGCCAAAUGUUCUCAGUAGACUCCGUCAGGAUCAGAUAGCAUCACUUUUGGGAUUUGCUUCAUCAUGGAACACCAAGACAAAAAACUCUCGUGAGGCUCAGAGCAUCAUUAAUGUGUUGCUGAAGACACUUUUACCUGAGGAGAUGGAGGAGCUGGGCGGGUGGCAGCAGACACUCGAGGGACUUCUUCCUUACACUGAGCGUCAUCUUCGCCGUCUGUCAGCCCUAUAUCAGUCCUCCACAAUUCUCACCUACAUGUCAUCGUCCAUCUCUCUUGGAAUGGAUCCAAAAGGAUUUACCCUACCACCUGUGAUGGAUAAUGUGGAGCUCUUGCAAACUAUACAGUCUACUGCUGAUAAACACGACUCUGAAAUGGAAGACGAAGAUGAGGAUGAUCCUGAUCUUAAAGCUUCUGUUAAAAAUUCUAUUAUGGAAGUCGACUCUGAGAGUGAGACCGAUGAAGAAAAUGAUGAAGCAAGUAGUAAAGAGAAAGUUGAUAAAGAAGAGGAUGAAGGAAUUGAAGAAGGAAGUGAUGAAGAAUAUGAGGAACAUGAAGAUAGAGUGAAAGCUGGGGAGGUACCGCCUGCCUCUAUUGAUGACUUAGGUGCCAAUUUUGUUUUUGAGAAAGUUACUGUUGAAAACUCUGAGGAUGAGGAGGCAGAAAUAGUUUCAGAUGAAGAAGACCAAAACAAAGACUCGAUGAAAAGAAAAGACUAUUCCAUUGACCAACUUGAGCUUGAGACUAAAAGAAGGAAAGACAACAGAGGAAGAGGAAUCUUUAAAGACAGAGGUGGAAGAGAAAAAGGAAUUAAUCAUAGAGGAAGAGGAGAGAGUCCAAAUGAUGACUAUAGAGGUAGCAGACAUCAGGAUCAACAUAACUUUAGAGAUCACGCAGGGAGAAGCCGGGGUAGAGGUCGGGGGGGAGACAGAGGAAGAGGGUUCAGGAGUAGAGGGAGAAAUAAAGGGGGUUUCAAGAGUAGAGGAUGAUAAGAGAUAUAUUUCAUGGGUAAUUGAUAAGUGUCAACACUGACAUAUUGUUUUUAUGUUGAGUCAGUUAGUCUGUUUAUACUGUUCUGGAAAUGUCUAUAGCUUUAUGCCCUCUGCCAGGCACCUGUCAUCCAGCCAAUUCUAGGGGUUUAUCCAUCACAGUGCACCUACCUUUGACAUUAAGGGGCUGAUGAUCAUCACCCAUCUCUCCCCAUCAUCCUCAUAAAGGGGAGAUUUAGAAGCAAAUGUUCCCUUCUAGAGUAGCAUUUCCCAAAUGCGGGGUCGCAACCCCAAAUGGGGUUGCAAGAUGCAUUACACGGGGUCACAUAGAAGUCAUGGGGUCGCAUGGAGCUCAUAUGGUUGCUGGGCUUCCAUAGUGCUCAUGCGGUUGUUGGAGUCACCUGGGUCUUGCAGCUAUCCUGUUAAGUCGGGACCAUGUGUGGGAACCACUGCUCUAUACGCUACUUUCACCUAGUUUAGCCGACAAGCCAAUGCGGUGUACCGGGGUGUGACCUUUGCCGUGCACUUGCAACUUCUUGGAGGACCAAUGCCAGUAGUUCAUUCAGAGGAUAUAACUGACUACUGAAACAAAGAUACUCCUACACCCCAUGUACAAGUGUCCAUGCGACAAUAACCAGCCCAUGCCACACCAAAUUGCCAGAGCACCAUAAAGGGUGAUAUCUGAGAGGGUUAAUACUCGGAAAAUUUGAUUCAGAAUGGUUGAAAAGGUAUACAUCAACACCAGCAUCAUUCAAGUUGACCAAGUGUAUCCGUUGAUAUAAAAAUAUAUAAAAAUUUGGCAGGUGAAUUCAGUAGCCAUCUUGAAAAAUAGGCUGUUGCUAUGGAUUUUCAAAUGGCCAAUCGGAUAUAUUUGAAGAGUGACCUAUAGAGAAUAUUCAUGUCAAUUUUCAUGCUUGUAUCGCUAUUUGAAAGAUUCCCUACAAAAUGCAGUUAUCUGUUCCACUUAAGUAAAAGUCUUUCAUAAUGUGAAUAGUUAUUUUAUUGGCGUUCUCACAAACUUGGAUGCCCACCAAACUCCCCCAGGUUCAAGGUUAGUGUGCUGGAGACUAAUUAUACUUUCUGCAGACGUUAGAGGGCAGCCAUUACUUUAUUUAUCUCUUUUUUUAAAGUCAGUGGUUACAACAGGGAGAUAAGUGCAAUUAUAAGAUCAUCCCAUGGUUGUUAAAGAAGGUUGUGGCAUGAUGGUCAAGCUCCCAGUACAGUACAUCUAUCCACAUCAAAAAUAUUACUGUGGUUCUUUCACAAGAAUUGUAAUUUUUACAAGAAUUUAAUUUUAGAAAACUUAUUAAUUUUUACCAGAAAACCUAGUGAAUAAAUCAUACUGGGACAAAGUUUACCAAUUUGUAA